CAUGUGGCACAGGCACUGUUUUUCUGUGGUGACUGAAGCAAUGGGAGCUGUUUGCAUCGUGCUUAUUUAUGUGCUGACUGUUUGGCUCGCCAAAGGCUCUUGUUUGCCAGUUGGUGGCACAAAUGAAAGACGUGAUAAUGGGCUGCAGAGGAGAAUAAGAGAUUUGUCUCCCAAUGAGAUCUCCAUAAAGAAGGCCCUUGUCCUUUUCCAGUCAAUGGAGUCCAUGUUGCAGCAAGAUGCUAAAAUACAACUGGAAAGCAAUGAAGUGGAAGCUAAGGCAUCAAUUGGCCAUCGAAAACUUGUACAACUCAAAAAACCAAAAGACUUUGCAACUGAGAAGGAUGCCAAUCUACGCAGCGACAACGAGGCAGCGGCCAUCGACGGUGCUGCAAGAGCGGCCGCCGACAACGUGACGGCCAGCGGCGCUGCAGAAGCAAUUGAAGGUGCCGCAAGAGCGGCCGCCGACAACGUGACGGCCAGCAGCGCUGCAGAAGCAAUCGAAGGUGCAGCAAGAGCUGCAAUCGAAGCGGCGGCAAAGGCGGCCGUCGACAACGUGGCGGCAAUCGAAGCGGCGGCAAGAGGGGCCCUCAACAAUGCGACGGCCAGUGGCGCUGCGGCAACAAGAGCAGCCGCCGACAAUGCGACGGCAAUCGGCGCUCCAGCCGCCGACAACGCGACGGCCAGCGGCGCUGCGGCAGCAAUUGAAGGUGCAGCAAGAGCGGCAAUCGCAAAGGCGGCCGCCGACAACGUGGUGGCAAUCGAAGCGGCGGCAAGAGGGGCCCUCGACAAUGCGACGGCCAGCGGCGCUGCGGCAACAAGAGCAGCCGCUGACAAUGCGACGGCCAGCGGCGCUGCGGCAACAAGAGCAGCCGCUGACAACGCGACGGCCAGCGGCGCUGCGGCAACAAGAGCAGCCGCUGACAACGCGCGCGCUGCGGCGGCAGCGGCGCCAGCCGCUGACAACGCGACGGCCAGCGGCGCUGCGGCAACAAGAGCAGCCGCUGACAACGCGACGGCCAGCGGCGCUGCGGCAACAAGAGCAGCCGCUGACAACGCGACGGCAAUCGGCGCUCCAGCCGCUGACAACGCGACGGCAAUCGGCGCUCCAGCCGCUGACAACGCGACGGCCAGUGGUGCUGCAGCAGCAAUCGGCGCUGUGGCCAGAGCGGCUGUCGACAACGUGACGGCAAUCAGCGCUGCAGCAAGAGGGGUCCUCGACAAUGCGACGGCCAGCGGCACUCCAGCCGCCGACAACGCAACGGCAAUCGGCGCUGUGGCCAGAGCGGCUGCUGACAACGCGACUGCAAUCGGCACUCCAACCGCUGACAACGCGACGGCCAGUGGCGCUGCAGCAACAAUCGGAGGUGCAGCGAGAGGGGCCCUUUACAACGUGACAGCCAGCGGCGCUCCAGCCGCUGUCAACGCAACGGCAAUUGAAGCUGCAGAAAAAGCUGCAGCAAUAGCGGUAGCCGACAAUGUGGCGGCUAUCAAAGCUGCAGCAAUAGCGGCCGCCGACAAUGUGGCGGCUAUCAAAGCUGCAGCAAGAGCGCACAGCGCCGACAACGCGGCGGCCAGCGACAACGCGACUGCAGCAGCCGACAACGCGACGGCCAGCGACAACGCGGACAACGCGACUGCAGCAGCCGACAACGCGACGGCCAGCGACAACGCGACUGCAGCAGCCGACAACGCGACGGCCAGCGACAACGCGACUGCAGCAGCCGACAACGCGACGGCCAGCGACAACGCGACUGCAGCAGCCGACAACGCGACGGCCAGCGACAACGUGACUGCAGCAGCCGACAAGUCCAGGCCUAUGCCAAACGUCCUCAACAGGCAUUGUGGGCCAAUAGUCCUGGUGGUUCUGUAG